CGGCUAUAAAAGCGUAGCGUGAGGCGUUGAUCUCUCUUUCCUGCGGGAGCGGCGGGGCGGUGACAUGGCGCCGCAAAAGGAUAGAAAAUCUAAAAAGUCAACCUGGAAGUUUUGCCUUGACUUGACCCAUCCUGUGGAAGAUGGAAUCUUUGAUUCUGGGAAUUUUGAACAGUUCCUAAAGGAGAAGGUUAAGGUCAAUGGAAAAACCGGGAACUUGGGCAACACCGUUCACAUUGAACGACUGAAGAACAAGAUCACAGUGACAUCUGAGAAGCAAUUUUCUAAAAGGUACCUAAAAUACCUCACAAAGAAGUACCUCAAGAAGAACAAUCUGCGUGACUGGCUGCGUGUCGUAGCGUCUGACAAGGAGACGUACGAACUGCGCUACUUCCAGAUCAGUCAGGAUGAAGAGGGAUCGGAGUCUGAGGAAUAAUUGAAGCUUAGCUUUCUACUCAAUACAGCGUACAAAAGACUAGAACAUCUAUUUAUAAAGAACACUUAACUUAUUGGUGAAUAAAGAUUUUUGUACCCUGUUUGACAGAG